AUGUCUUCUCAACCACGAACACGUUCCGUUUCCAAUAUUCAAGGUCCAUAUCUUGCGCAGCCUCAGCCGCAAUACCCUCGACAGCGUGCCAUUUCGCUCACCGGUUCCCCUCACUCAAUCCGAACAAAUAUGGCCGUUGUUGAUGGGCCAGUGGCUCCAGCGGGUAACUACUACGGCGUCUUUCUUCAACAACCACCCGUGGGCUUCCCAGUCUCAGCUGCAAGCAGCGUCGCAGGCUCCGCAGGAUCUAGCCCAGGUAGCCCAGCGAUUAAAUCUUCUUCAUCCGUGUAUGUUGUUCCGGGCUCAAAUCCUGGACAUCCGAUCAUGGUCGUCAACACUACCUCUUCCCAGCCAAUACAAGCAGCAAAGGCGCCUACUCCCCAGCAUGCAUUCCCGACGGCUUCUCAGCAGCAAGCUCCUGUUCUUCAAUCCGCGAUGAAGCGGGAGAGGAGAAAGACCAUGACUCCUUCGACAACCUCGAGUGAGCACAUUCCUGCUGCCGCCUUGCGCUCGCUUUGCAAGUUCUCGAUUGGUGCUAUUGCCGAGUGUCUGAAGAAGCCAGGAAAUGAGCCCAUGGGUUCGCGACUUCGACGCACGGACGAGAUUCUUGGCCACAUGUACUCUGUCCUAUUCGCCAUGUCAUCCGACGAGGACGCGAUCCCGUUUGCCGACUCUGUCGAGAUUACGGGUCUCCUUCAAAGAUUACAGUCGCUCCUCUACCGCUGCCUGUCGCCACGUCCGUACAACAAGGACCGUUUGGCUGAGCUCGAGGAAAUCUUUCGCAGUCUGGUUCUCUACCGCGAUCGUCUCAAUGCCUCGUUCAAGAUCCAGGAGAUCGAAGCCACAAUCUCCAAGCUCACUUUCCAGCACAACGUCUCGCAGACCUCGAGUACACACAUUGUGAACUCUCUUAAUACAAGCACCAAAGAGAAGAAGAAAUCAAUCAAUGCUGCUUCUGUCCAGGCGCUCCGUGCGGAUAUUGACCAGAAGCGUGCCGAGCUCGAAGUCAUGCAUAACGAGCGCGUCGCACUGCGCGCAGAGAUUGAAAAGUACAAGCAGAAGCUUGCUGUGGCCAAGCAAGCGCGCGAUAACAUCCUUGGCAUCAAGUCAGUUCGCUUCCAGUAG